AUGCCGCGCCCCUGCACCAUGCCGCCGGCGAUGGCCCUGCUACUAUGCUUGGCGGUGCUAUCCAGCGGCGGCGGGUGCGAGGGGUGCAGGGACGACGAGAGGGCGACGCUUCUGGACAUCCGCGGCCAGUUCAACUACAACUCGUCGCUGGACUGGAAUAGCACCGCCACAGAUUGCUGCCGGUGGGAGGGGGUGAGCUGCAGCUCCCGGACAGCUCGUGUCACGGGCCUCGACCUGAGCAUGCUGCACGGUAUUGCCUCCAGCACAGGCCUACUCAACACCACCAUGUUCCUCCCCUUGCAAGAGCUGCAGGAUCUGUCCCUGAGCGGCCUCAAGAUACAAGGAUGCACACCCGGUGCAGGCUUUGAAGUAUGGUCAAAAUUACACAGACUAAAAGUUCUUGAUUUAUCAUAUAAUGGCAAAUUAAUGGAGAGUGACGUCCCAUCCUUGGUUGCAAUUUCAUCACUACGGUCACUAUUCCUCAACGGGAAUGACUUCAGCUCCAAUAUGACAAUACAGAAACUGAGCAUAAUGAAGGUGGAUACUCUUGACAUAGGCAAAAAUGAUAUCAAAGGCACCAUACCUACAGAUAUCUGCAACAUGAGAGAUCUUCAAGUGUUAUAUCUCAGUGACAAUCUUUUAUUUGGAGAGAUUCCAUCAUGCAUGCAAAAUCUGACUUCUCUCAGAAUUCUCGGUCUGUCGGAAAAUAAUAGAUUAAUAGUAAAGUUCCCCUCUCUUAUCUUUGCAAAACUCACAUCGUUGGAGAAGCUUUCACUCGUAAAUAACUCUCUUGAAGGAGUUCUGUCGCUGAGUUCCUUACAAAAUCAUAGACAAUUGACUAAACUGGAACUUGCAAGCAGCGGUAACAACUUUCAUGUGCAAACUGAGAAUCCAGCAACAAAUUUGCCAGCUCAGAUUCAGGUUCUAGUGCUGCGAAAUUGCAACCUUAAUGGCAAUUCAGGCAUCAUACCAAGUUUUUUGUUGCAUCAACAUAAACUAGAGUUCGUCGAUAUGUCUAACAACAACCUAAGUGGUAACUUCCCUUCAUGGUUGAUAGAAAAUAAUGUCAACCUAUCACACUUAGUUCUGGGUAGUAACUCCUUUGCAGGUCCUCUUCUUCCGUCCAAAGUACACACCGGUUUGCAAUGGUUGGAUGCAUCUUCUAACAGGCUAAGCAUAUUACCUGUUGACAUUAACACCACAUUACCAAAUCUGAGUUACAUAUCCUUAUCAGGGAAUUCUUAUAAGGGCAACUUUCCUUCUUCCUUUAGCUAUAUGAAUAGUCUACAGUAUUUAGAAUUGUCAUACAACAAUUUCUUAGAUGACAUUGCGGCUGCAUUUGUUGGAAAUAUGUUAAACAUCAUUGGUCUAAAACUGUCUGGAAACCAUUUCUAUGGGUCGUUCUCUCCAAACAUACUAUUACCUGCCGUUAAACAUCUAUUGCUCAGCGAUAAUGAAAUCGCCGGGAAAAUUCCUGAGAAGUUAUGUGACAGUCUGAUACUUAUGACAUUUGAUGCUAGCAAUAACAAGUUGACCGGCCUGCUCCCUACUUGCAUAUCCGCACUCUCAGAACUUGCCAUUUUGAAUUUAAGAGAGAACUCAUUGGCUGGAUCGAUUCCGUCGGAAGUAUGCGGCCUGUGA